GUAUAUGCACCAUCCCCAAAUUCUGAUGAUUUCAACCGUGAAUCUCCUAGUUAUCCAUCUCCCAAGCCACCAACCAGUAUGUUUGCUAGCACUUUCUUUAUGCAAGAUGGGACUCACAGUUCUUCUGACCUUUGGAGUUCAUCAAAUGGGAUGAACCAGCCUGGUUUUAGUGGAAUUCUGGGGACCUCAACUUCCCACAUGUCUCAGUCAAGUAGUUAUGGCAGCCUUCAUUCACAUGACCACUUGAGUUAUCCUCCACACUCAGUGUCACCUACAGACAUAAGCACGAGUCUUCCACCAAUGUCCAGCUUCCACCGUGGCAGCACCAGCAGCUCACCGUAUGUUGCCGCCUCCCAUACUCCUCCCAUCAAUGGAUCAGAUAGCAUUCUAGGAGCCAGAGGGAAUGCUGCUGGAAGCUCACAGACGGGUGAUGCACUUGGAAAGGCUUUGGCAUCUAUUUAUUCUCCUGACCAUACAAGCAGUAGUUUUCCAUCAAAUCCAUCAACACCAGUGGGAUCUCCUUCACCUCUCACAGGUACCAGUCAGUGGCCCAGAGCAGGAGGACAAGCUCCUUCAUCUCCAAGCUAUGAAAACUCGCUUCACUCCCUGAAAAAUCGAGUUGAGCAGCAACUUCACGAGCAUUUGCAAGAUGCAAUGUCCUUCUUAAAGGAUGUCUGUGAGCAGUCUCGAAUGGAGGACCGUUUAGACAGACUGGAUGAUGCUAUUCAUGUGCUUCGGAACCAUGCAGUUGGACCUUCUACCAGUCUGCCUACUAGCCACAGUGAUAUACACAGUUUAUUGGGACCAUCCCAUAAUGCACCAAUUGGAAACCUCAAUUCAAACUAUGGAGGAUCAAGCCUUGUUACAAACAGUCGAUCAGCUUCGAUGGUUGGAACUCAUCGAGAAGAUUCAGUCAAUCUCAAUGGCAAUCAUUCAGUUCUGUCUAGUACUGUUGCUGCCUCAAACACAGACCUGAACCAUAAAACACCAGAAAAUUACAGAGGUGGUUUGCAAAAUCAGUCUGGAAAUGUUGUUCCAACAGAAAUCAAGACUGAAAACAAAGAAAAAGAUGAGAACCUUCAUGAGCCUCCUUCAUCAGAUGACAUGAAAUCAGAUGAUGAAUCUUCCCAAAAAGACAUCAAGGUCUCGUCUAGAGGCAGAACAAGCAGUACCAAUGAAGAUGAGGAUCUGAAUCCGGAACAGAAAAUUGAAAGGGAGAAGGAAAGGCGGAUGGCUAACAAUGCUAGAGAGCGCCUGCGUGUGCGGGAUAUUAAUGAAGCAUUCAAAGAGCUUGGCCGAAUGUGUCAGCUUCAUUUGAAGAGUGAAAAACCUCAGACAAAACUCCUCAUUCUUCAUCAGGCCGUGGCAGUCAUCCUUAGUCUAGAACAGCAAGUCAGAGAGAGGAACCUCAACCCCAAAGCAGCCUGCCUUAAGAGAAGAGAAGAAGAAAAGGUCUCUGCUGCGUCAGCAGAGCCACCAACCACGCUGCCCGGAACCCAUCCUGGGCUUAGCGAAACUACCAACCCUAUGGGUCAUCUGUAAACAUCAGCCAGUUCCAGUGUCAGCAGUAGGCUAGAUAGAAGAUGACCUCUCCUCAUAAAGACUUGGACAACUCAGAUUAUCUGAAGACACAAACCAACCUGACAGGAAGGAGAAGAAAAACAAAACACUUGAAGCAAGAAACUCAAAUAUAAUCCUAUGAUCAAAGCAACUGGUCAACACUUCCAUCAGAAGUGAGGAUAGGAAGCUCAUGAGAGAACGCCGGCCCAUGAGGUGUUUACAGCAUAUCAUUCUGCUGUAAGCAAUGUGUCGCUUCUGCACAAUCAGAGACUGUCUCAUCUCUCCACUCAACGUGGAAGUUGCCUUGUGCCUAAACUGAAUUGACAAAUGCAUUGUAACUACAAAUUUUAUUUAUUGUUAUGGAACUGUGAGGUCUACAUAUAAAGGGAAAAAGUUCAUGUGGGAAGCUGAUCUACACUCAGCUGAUGCCAGCAUUGUUAAAGCUGUUCACAAAGCAGUGGCAACCAUUGGCCCUUAGCAUUCCCGGCAUACCUGUUAGUGUCUUAAAAAGGAAGGGAGUCCUUUGUUGCCCUCUCCGACCUUCGCCAUAUGAAUAGUGUUUUCCAUGAAAUAGGAAAAUAUUAAUUGGUAUAGCAUUUCUCUCUUGUUUUUUCACUCAUUUUUAUUUUCUCUUUGUGGGUGUUCUAUUUGAUCUGAGUCUGCAUAGGUUAUGGUCACAGUCCAGAACCCUCCUUACAGCCCUGUGUGCUUUGUUCAUGUCCUUGCAGUGGUAAGCAGACACCAUCUGUGACCAUAGCCUAGCUAAGAUUUUGAAAGGGGAAAUUUUGUCCCCUGGAUUUGCCCCCAAAUAAACAUUGCUUUAUUUCUAAUAAUCACUAAGACUUUUCAGGCUUCUAGGUUUCAUAGUAAAGCUAUAAUAGCAAGAAGUGUAACUUACAAGGGAGAGUCUACUUUUUAGAAAUUGCUUUGUUUUCCAAGCAGUAAGUACUACAUAAUAUAGUACUUGUAAAGUGUUAGCUGUAAGUAAGCACAAAAUGCAUUCAGUACAAUACAAAGAUGACUUUUCAGGCUAUGAUCAUGGUGAGUAACAAAAGCCAGUAGUCACCGGGACAGGCAGUGUGAUGAAUGCACACAACCACUCUGAGGCUAAUUACCUAUGGAAUCUAAGAGCAAUGGUCACAUUUCCUUAUCCUAGCCUUUACUUCUCUGUCCUUUGGGUGGCUGGUCAGUGAGGGUGUGAGGCAGGAGGGUGAUUUAAUCACCUGCAAACCACCUGCCCCCACCUCAAAGAGAGCCGGAUUAGUGCUGAGCUGUACUUGUUAGUUCAUCUUAGCAUUAUGCAUUAAAGAAAGCCCCUCUGUCUCUAAUCCUUCAUAGUUGUAUUUAAGACACAGUAAUCACUUUGAACUUCCAUGAAAUCUGUCUUCCACCACAGCAGCCCUGGGAGAGAAAAACAUGCUGAACACGAUGGUCUUGGCUAAGUAAUUCCAUAGAGCCAGUAUCAGUCGCAGUCUGCACACAGAAGAAAAAUCCCAAGUCGUUUUGUAACUUAUAGACUCCGGAGAAUUUGAAAGAACAAACUAUUAAGACAGCACUUCAGAUCCUCCAUCAGGACUUUCUAACAAGUCGGACUUAGGUGAAUUUAGUGGACUUGAUUUGUAUACCUUAAUUUGCAUAUGUUCUCCAGUUACAUCAGACUCUAUCUGUGGCCUUGUUCUUCAUUUCAGUGUUAAUCAGCUAAAACAGAAGUUGUUGCUUAUGAUGUAUGAGUGAACAUAAGCCACUGCCUGGCCUUUUUUCUUCAGAGCUUGUUGUCUUUUUCGCUAUAUUAGACUUUGCAGUAUGCCCAGAAGCUUUCCUUCAUAAAAUAGAAAGAAAAAAACAUUUGGCUUAUUUUUCACUGUAGCUAGUCUUUUAUACAAUAAUCUUGUAAGAAAAUUUCUUGAAUUCUAAAUAUUACUCUUUCUAGAUUUUUGAAAUCAAAAAUUUUCAGUAAAAAGUUUCUUACUUUAUUUUAUUAUAUUAGGUAGUUAAAGAAAAUGUAGGGUUAUUUACCAUAACCUGUUCAUUAAUAUCAGAAAUUUACAAUAGCAUUUUAAGAGCAUAGUAGGUUCUAGCAUACCGUGUAGUUCCUAUGGAGUAUUGUGAGAGCGAAUUGUUGGAGAUGAGCUGCUUUUCAUCUUGUUCUCCAGUUUCCAUUGUUGGUUUAUUGCAGAUUUGUAUCCUGUGUCAAAUUCAAGGUAUUAUUGAUAAACCUUUUCAACCAGCAGCAAGAAGUUCAAAUUUUUUUUUCUGUCACUGUAACAGAAAACACAGUAUGUAUAUAACAUUUAUGUAGCAAUAAAUGUGCCAUCCUUUUUUUUAA